GCGUUGUGUGUGAACGUCAAAACCUUUUUCGUUUUUAACGCCUUCUUUAAUUCUUUUUAUUUUUUUUCUCAAAUAUUUUUAAAAAGUAAAAGUUGAUUUAGUAAAGGUGUUAGAUUCUUCGUCUGAAUUGUGCGGCCCCUACUAAAACCCCAAUCUUUCAUUAAUUUACGGUUUCUGCCAACACCGAAAGAAAAAGAAAGAGUUUGUUAGAAGGCAAGGACAGGAAAAAAAAGUUGAAACGCAAAAGUAAAACAUUAUAGUUGCGGAAGAGAUUGUUUGUGUUUGGGUGUGACUCUCUCUGUGUUUUAGUUUCUACUAGAUCGGUUUUUUUUUUUUGUUUCUUUUCUCUUGUUCUGCUAAAAAAUCUGUGAUGGUUUUUGAGUGGGCUUUUGAGCACAGCUCUUACAGUCUUAGAUUUCAGAUUCGAAGAUUACUUGUUUUAGUUACAAUUUGAAAAGACAAAAAAAGAAUACAAAACAUAGAUCUGGGUUCGGUUAAUACAUAGGAAAAGUUUGGGUUUUUUGUUUUUGGUUAUGAUGAUGAAUUUCAAGAUUCCUUCUUUUUCUCGCUAAGGGCGUGUGGCUGAAGCUUACAAUUCUGUGAAGGUAGCUCUGUGGAGGGUUGCGUUUAGAGUUUAGAGAGAGAGAGAGAGAGAGAGAGAGAGAGAGAGAGAGAUGGAGGAGGCAGGUGCACAGGUUGCUCCGCCCCUUUUCAUACACCACCACCAGACACUGGCGAGUCGGUAUUCCAUGGCGAAGAAGCGUGAUCUGCCUAAUUAUCAAGCACAACAACGAUUCACACAACCACCAACUGGGCUUCAAAACACUAGGGAUAACUGGAAUCCUAAGGUUUGGGAUUGGGAUAGUGUCGGAUUCGUUGCGAAACCAGUUGAUGCCGAGGAGUUAUUGCGGUUGGGAACUCCUGCUGUUGCUGCUCAAAUGGAGCAGAAAAGGAAAGAGGAGUCUAUGGCGUUGACUGUGGAUGAAGAAGAGGAUGAGCGGCUUCGGUUGAACUUGAAUCUUUGGGGUGGCUCGAAUUCUGUGGAGGAGCCUGGGCAGGAUGCGGCUGGGCCGGUCCCUGCGUCUAGGCCGAGCAAAAGGGUCCGGCCUGGAUCUCCCGGUGCCGGUGGCGGUGGCGGAGGAGGGAACUAUCCCAUGUGUCAGGUGGAUAACUGUAAGGAGGAUCUGUCAAGUGCGAAAGACUAUCACCGCCGCCAUAAGGUGUGUGAGGUUCACAGCAAAGCUACUAGAGCCCUUGUUGCCAAUCAGAUGCAGAGGUUCUGCCAGCAGUGUAGCAGGUUUCAUCCCCUUUCUGAGUUUGAUGAGGGCAAGAGGAGUUGUAGGCGUAGACUUGCUGGGCAUAAUCGACGAAGAAGGAAAACCCAACCGGAGGAUGUUACCUCACGCUUGUUACUCCCUGGAAAUCGUGAUAAUGGAACUAAUGCAAAUUUGGAUAUCGUUAACUUGUUGACUGCUAUAGCUCGUGUGCAAGGGAAAAAUCAGGACAACAAUAUCAAUUGCUCUUCUGUACCAGAUAAAGACCAGCUCAUUCAGAUUCUUGGUAAGAUAAAUUCGCUACCUUUGCCGGUGGACCUUGCUGCAAAGUUGCCCAAUUUAGGAAGUUUGAAUAGGAAAGUUCCUGAUCAUAAUUCAUUGGAACAUCAAAGCAAAUUGAAUGGGAACCCAUCUUCUCCAUCAACAAUGGACUUGCUUACUGGUCUAUCAACUACUCUAGCAACAUCUGCUCCUGAUGCUCUUAGAAUGCUAUCUCAAAAGAGCAGCCAGAGCAGUGACAGCGAGAAAACUAAGAUGACUAGCCGUGACCAGGCUACUGGUUCCAACUUGCAAAAGAGACCUCUUGAGUUCCCAUCGGUUGGAGGGGCAAGAAGUUGUAGCAGUUACCAGUCUCCUAUGGAAGAUUCAGAUGGUCAGGUUCAAGAAAUGCCAGUAAAUUUACCUUUACAGCUAUUCAGCUCCUCACCCGAGAAUGAUAGCCCACCAAAACUGGCAUCUUCUAGGAAGUAUUUCUCAUCUGACAGCAGUAAUCCAAUUGAAGAGAGGUCUCCUUCGUAUUCUCCUCCUGCUGUUCCAAAGCUAUUCCCAAUGCAGCACAAAAAGGAAACUAUGAAGCCUGAGAAAAUGUUAAUUAGUGGAGGGGUUAAUGCGAAUGUUGUAGCUAGCAGAGCUCGUGAUUGUAAUAGGCCUUUUGAUCUUUUUAGAGGAUCAAAUACGGGAGGUGAAGCUGGUUCAUUUCAAAGUUUUCCCUAUCAAGCUGGGUAUACUUCUUCUGGAUCUGAUCAUUCACCUUCUAGUCUGAAUUCUGAUACACAGGAUCGUACUGGUCGAAUACUUUUUAAACUAUUUGAUAAGGAUCCAAGUCAUUUCCCAGGGUCGCUGCGGACACAGAUAUUCAAUUGGCUUUCUAACAGUCCAUCAGAAAUGGAGAGCUACAUAAGACCUGGUUGUGUGGUUCUAUCAAUUUAUGUGUCUAUGUCAUCCGUUUCCUGGGAACAACUUGAACAAAACCUUCUUGAGCGUGUCAAUGCUCUUGUUCAAUCUUCAGACUCUGAUUUUUGGAGAAGUGGGAGGUUUAUAGUUCAUGCAGGGAGCCAAUUAGCAUCACAUAAAGAUGGAAAGAUACGUUUAUGCAAAUCCUGGAGAACAUGGAGUUCCCCGGAGUUGAUUUUGGUGUCCCCUUUGGCAGUUGUGGGUGGGCAAGAAACUUCUCUUCUAUUAAAGGGGAGAAAUUUGUCUAAUCAUGGCACCAAGAUUCAUUGCACUUAUAUGGGUGGCUACACAUCAAAGGAAAUUAUGGGAUCAACCUAUCAAGACACUGCAUGUGAUGAGAUAAACUUGGUUGAUUUUAAAAUUGACAAUGCAUCUCCUGGUGUUGUUGGUCGCUGUUUCAUUGAGGUAGAAAAUGGUUUCAAGGGCAACUGUUUUCCUGUGAUAAUAGCUGAUUCUAUCAUAUGUAAAGAAUUGAGGCUCCUCGAAUCUGAGUUUGAUUUGGAGACAAGAGAUUGUGAUCUCAUUUUAGAAGACAAUACUAAUGAUUUUGGGCGGCCAAGAUCACGGGAGGAGAUUCUGCACUUCUUGAAUGAACUUGGAUGGCUUUUCCAAAGGAAAGGGAACUCUUCUAUGCUUGGGGGUCCUGAUUAUUCACUUAGCCGGCACAAAUUUUUACUUACAUUCUCUGUUGAAAGGGACUGUUGUGCUUUGGUGAAAACACUGCUAGACAUGCUGGUUGAAAGAAACUUGGAUGGGGAUGAGCUGUCAAAGGAAUCAUUGGAGACACUAUCUGAGAUUCAGCUCUUGAACCGGGCAGUUAAAAGGAGGUGCAGGAAGAUGGUUGAUGUGCUCAUCCAUUAUUUUAUUAUUAGCAGUAAUGAUGCCUCCAAGAAAUAUAUUUUUCCCCCAAAUUAUACAGGACCUGGUGGUGUUACACCUCUACAUCUGGCUGCUUGUACAUCAGGUUCGGAUGAGAUGAUAGAUGCUUUGACAAGUGAUCCAUUGGAGAUUGGAUUGAGCUGCUGGAAUUCUCUUCUGGAUGCAACUGGGCAGUCGCCAUAUGCUUAUGCUAUGAUGAGGAGUAAUCACUCUUACAACAAGCUGGUGGCUCGUAAACUUGCUGACAGAAAGAAUAGUCAAGUUUCAGUGACAAUCAGUAAUGAGAUAGAGCAACCACAGUUGACAAUGGAGCAGCAGCAUAAGAUUUCCCAAUUCAAACAAGGGUCCAGAUCUUGUGCUAGGUGUGCUGUAAAGGCAACAAAGUACGACAUGAGGAUUGCAGGUUCACAAGGACUGCUUCAGCGUCCCUUCAUUCACUCAAUGCUUGCCAUAGCUGCUGUUUGCGUAUGUGUCUGUGUGUUUUUCCGAGGCGCGCCAGACAUUGGCUUAGUUGCUCCGUUCAAGUGGGAGAAUUUAGAAUAUGGUACACAGUAGUGUUAACAGGAAAUGAAUAUUGGAUAAAGAAGAAAACAAGCAAGUAACAACUCAGGGUCAGACAAAAGUGCAAGUUGAUUCAGAUAUCUAAUGCAGAUUACUUAUUGAAAAUGGGACCUAGGAGUUGAACAGGAGCUGCAUGGCUGAACUGAGAAACAAGGACAUUAAAGCAGGUUCAGGUAUGGCAUGAUCCAGAUGCUGCAUAUUUCUUCCUAACAAAAUUAAGAGCUGGGAUAUCAUAGACUCUGAACCCUUUUUUUCAGUCGAGUUGUGCUGGAAAAUAGGUGAUAUUUCUUUUGACUUUGAAAUUUAUAAAUCUUCAACUCUUAAGACGCUGUAGACUGUGACAUUCCUUAGGAGAGCGAAAGCAAGGAGAAGGAUGGAAAGUUUCAUUGAUGACAAGCUGUUGGAUUGAGAUGGAGGGAAAUAGAGAAGUUGAGAAGAUGUAAGCAUGUAUAGUGUCAUUAGAGGUUUAAUUUGGUUAAUUUAUGUGGUUUUUCCCCCCUUUUUUGUUUCUUAUAUAAGUCACGGCAUCAUAAUUCUAGGUUUUACUAUGUAAAUUUGUCACUAAAAAAAGUUGAUCGUUUGGGUCAAUCUCAUUAGUGACAAUAUCACAUGAUUUAAUAGUGAAAUAUUUGUUCAAUUAUAUUUAAAAUAAGAGGCAUUUGGUCUAUACUUGCCCACUUGCUUUGGGGACUUGGACUUC